UUAAUAUCAGAUGCCUAAGUAGGUACACACUUCGUACGUCGAAAGCCAUACGGAUGCUCAAGGAUCCAUGGAGGACACAAGGAAAACUGUAUGGGUAGCUAGAAACCUACCUAGCUAUAGAAAAAGCUUUAUGAUUAUUGAGAGCGGCCAGAUGAGGAUGGGAGAUCCUGGUGUUUUAAAACCCACACUUUUUAAGCCAAGCUUCUAGGAGGAAGACCCUAGGAUGAGACGAUACGACGAGGAGCAUACUGUUUAGGAUGGAAGGAGGAAUUGGCGAGCACAUGCGGAGGCACCAUACUAUUAAUUGGGGACAGGAAUAGGUCUAUACAGGCCGAGGUCCAUUCGUUUUCGCUUUUAUUCCCAUCAGAUAAAUACCUUACCUACCUACCUACAUACCUCCUAAAAAUCCCCUCGACACCCUAGGCUCGUCAAUUCACUAUUGGUGUAACAACUUACCCGGGCAGAUAGAAAAGACAUAACAAAAUGCCAACUGCCACGAGCAAACAUCAUCAUGGACGACAAUACGAUAUUGUCGUCUUUGGUGCGACGGGCUACACCGGAGUGUUCACGGCGGAGCAAGUAGCUGCUACUUUGCCCACCGACGUCAAUUGGGCCAUCGCGGGUCGUUCGCAGGAAAAGCUGCAGAAAAUAGCUACCGACCUCAAGGCUAAGUAUCCGGACCGUCGCCAACCAGCAAUUGAGGUGUGCAACCUCAAUGACCAAGACCUAACGACUCUCGUCAAAAGAACCUUUGUCCUCCUGGCUACCGUCGGGCCUUAUUCGCAUUAUGGCGAGUAUGCAUUCAAGGCGUGCGCUCAGAAUGGCACGCAUUACCUGGAUGUCACGGGCGAACUUGCCUGGACGUCGAUCAUGAUCAAAAAGUAUGAAGACACGGCAAAGGCGACGGGCGCCAUCAUGAUCCCCCAGAUCGGCUUCGAGUCGGCGCCAGCAGAUCUAAUCACCUUCGCGCUUGCCAAGGCCGUCCGAGAAGAACUGAACGCCCCGACGCGCGAUGUCCGGUUAUCGGUCGACAUGACCAACCCCUUUCCAUCUGGUGGUACCUGGCUCAGCGUGUUCGCCAUGCUUGACCUGUUCUCACUCAAGCUCAUGGCCGAGCUAUCCAAGCCUUUCGCCCUGUCUCCAGUGCCACAGCCCAGCCCGCCCAAAGAUCAAGUUUCCCUCUUGACGAGGCUGACGGGCCUGCGGAACUUUCCGCUCAUCGGCCUGGUGACAACCUCCCUCAUGGGUGGCGCCAACAAGCCCAUCGUCGAGCGGACGUGGGGCCUCCAGCAGACGGAACCCGCCCUGAGGGACUACUCUUACGGUCCCAACUUCUCCUACAACGAGUACAACAGGGCACACGGCAGGCUGUUCGGCUUCGCCGUGCACCUCGUCAUAAACGUCGGGCUUCCGCUCUUGACUGUGCUGUGGCCCCUUCGAUCCCUGCUCCGUCUUCUGAUACCCUACAAGUCCGGCGAGGGCCCGUCCCGCGAGACAAGCGCGAGGCAGAAGACCACGUUUCGUGCCAUUGCGAGGCCGGACAUGCCGCCUGGAAGCUGCGACAAGAUGGCCUUCGCCAAGGCUGAUUUCAAUGGGAGCAUGUACCACAUGACGGGGAUAUGCAUUGCCCGGGGAGCGCAAACUAUAUUGGAGGAGUACGACAGUCUCCAGCUCAAAGGUGGUGUCUACACGCCUGCUAGCCUCGGUCAGGGAUUCAUUGACCGCGUGGGAGAAGACGGCUUUGAGAUCAAGACCAAAAUCGUCAAGAGCUAGCUAGCGCAGGACCAAUGGUGACUAAAUUCCGCGACAUUCCCCUCUGGCUUGCGCAGCUAGUUCUCGUCUCGACUACACAGUCGAAGAUGUACUUAUAAAAUCCCUCCCACCUGAUAAUCUGGAUGAUUUAAUGAUUGAUUGUUGAUAGUCCUCAAAUUAUAUUACAUUAGUACCUGGUUAGCCACGGACAUUGCAUCAGGCUGCGUGUCCUGUGUUUCACCUAGAUCAAGGCACUACCAUUCCCGCUGGAUCUCCUCCUCGCGAUCC